AUGGCCCCCGCUCACCUCCGGGUGCCACCCCAGGCCCCGCCUAUCUUCACUGCAACCCCACAGUCAGUCGUAGCUGAUGCCGAGCGCUUGAUCAAGAACUCGCGUGCCAUUCAGGACAAGGUGGUGGCGGAGAUUAAGCCCGACGACGCAACCUUUGCCAAUGUUGUUCGCCCCCUCGCCCAAGAUGAUAACCAGAUGGGACUGGAGUCACACAUCCUGGGCUUUUACCAAGCCGUGUCAACCGACUCAAAGCUACGGGAUGCCUCUUCCAAGGCUGAAGAGGUGAUGGAUGAGUUCUUUAUUGAAGCGGUCAUGCGUGAGGAUGUCUUUGGUCUGGUCGAUGCUGUGCUACGCCGCAACGAGUCUCUCGAUCCGGAGUCACGCCGUCUGUUAGAGAAGGAACACAAGGACUUCGUCCGCAAUGGACUUGGCCUGCCCGCUGGCCCUCAGCGAGUCCGCUUCAAGGAGAUCAAGAAGCGGCUGAGCCAGCUGAGCAUUGAAUUCCAGAAGAACCUGAACGAGGAGAACGGCGGCAUCUGGUUUACCCCCGAGCAGUUGGCUGGUGUGCCCAAGGACGUUCUAGAUGGUCUGAAGAAGGGCGAGGGCGAGAACGCCGGCAAGCUAUGGCUGUCGUUCAAAUACCCCGACCUCUUCCCCACCAUGAAAUACGCCAGCGACCCCGAGACCCGCCGACAGGUCAUGAUUGCCAAUGAGAACAAGUGCAACCAGAACGUGCCACUAUUCCGGGAAUCCAUUAUACUCCGUGAUGAGGCAGCCCGUCUGAUCGGCUAUCCCAACCACGCUGCUUUCCGCAUUGAGGACAAGAUGGCCAAGACCCCAGAGACCGUUAACAAGUUUUUGGGUGAUCUUCGGGACAGACUGACCGAUGGCGGUAAGAAGGAGAUACAGAAGUUGUUGGAACUUAAGAACGCCACGGACCCCAAGGCCGAUGGCCGCUACUACCUGUGGGACCACCGGUUCUAUGACCGUCUCAUGCUCGAGAAGGACUACUCGCUGGAUCAACAGCUGAUUGCUGAGUGGUUCCCCCUGCAGACUACCAUUGAUGGUAUGCUGAAGAUCUUCGAGGAGCUGUUCGGUCUGGAGUUCGUUGAGAUCAUUGGCGAGGACCGGGCAGCCAUUGCCCCGACUGGCAAUGGCAAUGACAUUGUCUGGCACGAUGACGUUCAAGUAUUUAGUGUCUGGAACGAUGAAGGCGAAGGCAGUGGUUUCGUUGGAUACUUGUACCUAGACCUCUUCCUCCCAGGCUUCGUUGAUAAGGAUGGUAACCGCCGAUUCCCUGCCACCGCGUUGGUGUGCAACUUCACCAAGCCCCAACCCAAGAAGCCUAGUCUGCUGAAACAUGACGAGGUCGUGACCCUCUUCCACGAACUAGGCCACGGUAUCCACGACCUGGUGUCCCGAACCAUCUACUCCCGCUUCCACGGUACCAGCACAGUGCGCGACUUUGUCGAGGCACCCAGUCAGAUGCUGGAGAACUGGUGCUGGGAACCCUCGCAGCUGCGCUCUCUGAGCCGACACUACUCAACCCUCUCCCCAGAGUACCUUGCUACCUGGCAGGAGGCCCAGGAGGGCAAGACCGCCACCAGCCAGCCAUCAGAGCGCAUCCCCGACGAUGUGAUUGAGAACCUGAUCCGGACCAAGCACGUCAACGACUCCCUGUUCAAUCUGCGUCAGCUGCACUUCGGCAUCUUCGACAUGACUGUGCACGAGCCCAACACCCACGCCGACAUUGAGGCUCUUCCUCUGUCUGCGACAUACAACCGUCUCCGCCAGGAGAUUACCCAGUUGGACGGACCGGAAGUUCAGGGUGCUGGCAGCGAGUGGGGCCAUGGCGAGGCGACCUUCGGACAUUUGAUCGGAGGUUACGACGCUGGAUACUACGGAUACCUGAGCUCCCAAGUUUACUCCACCGACAUGUUCUACACCGUCUUCAAGGACGAUCCCAUGAACAAGGCUGCUGGCCGUCGGUACCGCUACCAGGUUCUGGAGAAGGGCGGUAGCCAGGAUGAGAUGAAGACUCUGACUGAAUUCCUGGGCCGUGAGCCUCAGACUGAUGCAUUCUAUAAGGACCUGGGACUGGCGUAA